AGGGGUCAAAAUUUCUUGGGCCAAUUUCAAUUCACUUCACCUCAUCCACAAGACACGUCCACCCGUCUGCGGCUCUACAACCACCAGCACCAUCACCACAAAGACAAUUUCAAACGACAAAGUCGACAGUUUGCCAAGAUGGAAAACGACAAGGGAGAGAUUGUGGACCUUUACGUCCCCCGCAAGUGCAGCGCCACCAACCGCAUCAUCAAGGCCAAGGAUCACGCUUCCGUCCAGAUCUCCAUCGCCAAGGUUGACGAGAAUGGCCGACAAAUUCAGGGAGAGAACCACGUCUACGCCCUCUGCGGAUUCGUGCGAGCGAUGGGCGAGAGCGACGAUGCUCUAAACCGAUUGGCCCAGCGCGACGGUCUCCUGAAGAGCGUCUGGAGCCCCGUUCGAUAAGUUCCUUAAUCAUGAUGGUGAUCGGGAUUGGUGUUCAAGGGGAAUUCAUGACAGUAUGGUCGGCAUGGGAUUGCUUUUGAUACUGCAUAUAGAGCCGGUUAAAUGAAACCGCUGCUUCUACGUUUCGGAACGAAAUACGAACGAUUGAUUCCCUUCCGCUACCUGAACUACAUAUCCUCUAGUAAUGUGCGACCAACUCGUAUUCCGGCUGGCGAAGUCUUCUCGCGUCCACCUUCGAGUGAUUCUAUGGGCGAGGAUUCUGGGGCUACUACGAUAGUCUCCGUGCCGAAGAUUGAUAAUGGCCUUGAAAAAGCUGUGAUGCUCGAGAUGUUCAUUAUGGCACAGAUACGGGUCAAACAUCCUUUCCUUCCUCUAAGUUCGUAAAUAUGCUGCAAUGCAAGUGAUACCACCUUUGACAUUCUAGUACUCAUAUCUAGUGUUUGCAUAUUCUUGAAGGGUGGCGAGCGAUACCCGCAUGUAUCUCCACACCCCACCGAGGUUAUUACUUCUACCUUAUCUAGUCUUUAAAUCGGCGCAAUUAGUCACGAAAGCAUUAUACUUAACAAGGCAUCACCUAGUAAAGAAGUCGCGUCUACCUUAUAGAUGACUCCUGUGCUACGAAAAAGAUGUGCCCCAG